CGCAUUUAGCUAACCUUAGCUGCAUGACAUUGGAAAGUAGACUCCGAGGUAGCAAGCUAGUUGUUAACAAUCCAGCUAUCCAAUCCUCUUGCUAACUGCCUAGCCAGCACCAGCCACAGUCACAGUAGCCACAAACAUUAGUUUAGCUCACACUCCGGGCAACCUGAAAGCAGCUUCCCAUCCCAAUGCUGAAUUUCGAGAGAAGCUGUUAUCUAGCGGUCUGUCCGUGAUGUUCGCCUGCUAAUGACCCUGGCUAAUAACUUUACUGAGAGUGGCUAACGGUGGAUGUUACCACAACGUAUCGAUAACUUGCUCGCUAACAGCUGCAACUAACUUCACUAGCUAGACUACAGUAGACUAAUUAUGGUAAACGUUAUCUCACUGCUAGCUUUUAAUACAGUUCCUAACUUACAGUAAUUAUAAGUAACGCGAUCUUAUUGCGAGCUUUUCAUACUCUCUAAUUUACUGUAAUUAUUAGCUAGAGCUAUUAUAAUUAUUGUUAGCUAUGAAAUAAUCCUGUCCCAACUUUAUACUGGAGUUUAAUGUGGUUAAGAUAGCUGCGUAUUAAUAACGACUCAAUUUUUAGUUUUUGCAAAAUGUUUCUGAUGUAUAUAUAUUCUUUCCAGUAAAUUGCUUGAAGUAAAGUUAAGGUGCAUGUCUGGCUAGCUGGCGGUACCAAACGCUAUAUCUGUGUUGAUAAGACAAAUGGCAAGUGUAAUUUCCUCUGUUCCACUGUCGCACAAUAUUAUCCAUCUAAAAACGCUGUGUAGUGAUUAAGUCGGCUACAGUAACAUUAUUUCUCCCAAAUUUUUUUCUUCGCUAUUUGAACAAAGCUGCUUACCAUCCUAACUUUUACUAAAGUUAACGUUAACCAGGCACCUGAUUUAGCUAUUUUUGUAAUCCGCUAGCUGCUUGCUACCACUAAAUGGCUACUUAAAAUGCCCAAGAUUGAUUUAUUUAUCCAGCGAUAUUUGAUUAAACAUGAUGAUAGUCCACAGUGUGUAAAUCUUAAAGUUUAAGCUCAGUGCAUAUCAUUUCCCUGUCUUGCACAGCAGGCUGAGGAAAUGAUAUGAACUGUCUGUAUGUAACGUUACACGCGAGCAGUCAGAAAGUGACACUGUGACACAGGGUCUAAACUGUUGGAAGGAUUCGGCCUGCAUAUUCAACAUUCUUUUUUGUGUAUUCUGCCCACAGUCUAGGUCAAUACCGCUAUUUAAGUUAACUUUAGCUGUAUGCACUGUGCAUGUAGAAAUGGGAGGCCAGAAAUGGCUGUUAAACGAAGGUGGGGUUAUGUUUUCAGUGGUGUGAGGAUGAACUUUGCACGACAAAAGGCUGAUGUUCAUGGCAGUUUGUGAACUUUUCAAGCCUUUCAAACCCGUUUUGCAAGAAGAAUAUCAAUAUUUUGCAAUGUAUUGUAACUCGACUUUCUGCACAAUAUGUUAGCCGUACAGCUAAUUAUCCACACACCUGGUCAGCUGUAUGUCCAGUGUAAUAGUGUCCACCUUCAAAGUUUUGCAGAUGAUUCGGCGUCAGGAUUAAAUUUAUUGGAGGGAAUGGUUGUGACCUAUUCCUGACCUUCAGAAUGCCAGAAAUGACAUGGCCCCAAAUCACCUUAAGGUGGAGAGAAUUCACAAACUGUAUUUUUAAAAUGGUGUGAGAUAAGGCUUGGGCUAUCAGUCUAUGAAGUAUGAACACGCUGUCAUAACGUCACAUUUUACUCUAAGUAUUCUGUAAGAUCGGAACAGCAGUGUUUCAGUGACUGAAAUAUGAUAUAAACAUUUGCUGUGUAUACCAUAACACUUUCACAGUACUGUGUUUUGCAGUGGCCUUAAAUUGAGCUAGAAUGAAUCCUGCCAAUGUGGUGUGUGUUGCCCUGGUAUUUAAUUUCAUUGUGCCCCAGUAACCAGGUAACACAGAUUUAGUCUCCAGCAGUUUGUGGAUUGGAGGAAAUAGCCUACAAGAAUUUACUUUGUCUAACCUCACACACAGGCUUUGGUUUGCUGAAGAUCUGUAUCGGUUCAAACCACUGUCAUUUUGUAAUGUAAUGUAAUGUAAAACCACUGUCAUUUUGGUUGCUUUCACUGGUGUCAUUUUUCAUGUUGCUGAAUACAACUUAUCGGAACUCAUGUAAGUCAUUUUCAGCAACUGUUCUCUCAGGAUUUUUUGCCAACCGUUAAAUUGUCUGUUGUCUUUCCUUAUCCUGAUGAGGUUGCAAGAUUCAUUUUAGUGUGAAGUUAAUCCUUUAAUUUUUCAAAGACCAAUAAAGUUUUGAAGAACACUCUUGGCUUUCGUAGCAGCGUGAGUUAACGCGGCCUGUUUUGUGCCUGCUCUGGAGACGGUGGCUGCGAGGCGCCGGGUGACCCUUCCACCAUGACGGAGCCGGGGGGCAAGUGGUCCUGCGAGUACUGCACGUACGAGAACUGGCCGUCCGCCAUCAAGUGCACCAUGUGCCGGGCUCCCAAACCCGGCCCGGCCAUCAUCACCGAGGAGCCCUUCAAGAGCGUCACGGGCCUGGACACCUGCCGCGAGUGGGACCCCUCCAGCCCAGAGGGGGGCAGCACCCUGCUCAUCUGCCCGGACUCCAGCGCCCGGCCCCGCGUCCGGACGUCCGGCACGGGCGAGGUCAGCAGCAAGUGGUCCUGCCACAUGUGCACCUACCUGAACUGGCCCCGGGCCAUCCGCUGCACCCAGUGCCUGUGCCAGCGACAGCGCGCCCGCAGCCCCACCGACUCCGCCCCCCAGACCUCGGGCUCCGCCCCUCAGCGGCCGGCCCCGCCCUCCCCGGACCCCUGCGAGGAGUACAACGACCGGAACCGGCUCAACGCGCGGCCCGCGCUGCACUGGACCUGCGGGACGUGCACGUACCAGAACUGGCCCAAGACCCAGAGGUGUGUGGUGUGCGACCGGCCCAAACCCUGCGGGCCGGAGCCCGUGGAGCUGGGCGAGGCGGAGAACGAGCAGGACCGCGCCCCCCGGCGCGGCGGCGGCUGCAGCGGGGGCCAGAGGCGCUCGCCCCCCGCCUCCGCCAGGGAGGGGGAGCUCAAGAUGGACUUCCAGAGGAUCGAGCUGGCGGACGGGGCGGUGGGCUCCAGGGAGGAGCUGGAGGUGGACUUUAAAAAGCUAAAGCAGAUUAAGAACAGAAUGAGGAAAACGGACUGGUUGUUUCUCAAUGCUUGUGCAGGUGUGGUGGAGGGUGACCUGGCCGCCGUGGAAACGUACAAGUCAUCGGGGGGCGACAUUGCACGGCAGCUGACGGCGGACGAGGUGCGUCUGUUAAACCGGCCCUCGGCCUUCGACGAUGGCUUCACCCUGGUGCACCUGGCCAUCCGCUUCCAAAGGCAGGAUAUGCUGGCUGUGCUCCUCACCGAGGUGUCCCAGCAGGCGGCCAAGUGCAUCCCGGCCAUGGUGUGCCCCGAGCUGACGGAGCAGAUCCGCAGGGAGGUGGCCGCCUCCCUGCACCAGCGAAAGGGCGACCUCGCCUGCUACUUCCUCACCGACCUCGUCACUUUCACCCUGCCCGCAGAUAUUGAAGACCUUCCCCCUGCAGUUCAGGAGAAACUCUUCGAUGAAGUGCUGGAUCGGGACGUACAGAAAGAGCUGGAGGAGGAGUCGCCCAUCAUUAACUGGUCCCUGGAGCUGUGCACGCGGUUGGACAGCCGGCUGUACGCGCUGUGGAACCGCACCGCCGGGGACUGCCUGCUGGACUCGGUGCUGCAGGCCACCUGGGGCAUCUACGACAAGGACUCUGUCCUGCGCAAGACCCUGCACGACAGCCUGCACGACUGCUCGCACUGGUUCUACAUGCGGUGGAAGGAGUGGGAGUCGUGGUACUCGCAGAGUUUCGGCCUGCACUUCUCUCUGCGGGAGGAGCAGUGGAAGGAGGACUGGGCCUUCAUCCUGUCCCUGGCCAGUCAGCCAGGAGCCAGUCUGGAACAGACUCAUAUUUUUGUUCUUGCACAUAUUCUUCGUAGACCAAUCAUAGUUUACGGAGUGAAGUAUUACAAGAGUUUCCGUGGCGAAACACUAGGGUACACUCGUUUUCAAGGCGUGUACCUGCCGUUGCUGUGGGAACGGAGCUUCUGCUGGAAGAGCCCUAUCGCUCUUGGCUACACAAGGGGCCACUUCUCCGCCCUGGUUGCCAUGGAGAACGAAGGCUACGACAAUCGAGGCGCCGGCGCCAACCUCAACACUGACGAUGAUGUCACAGUCACCUUCCUCCCACUGGUGGACAGCGAGAGGAAGUUAUUACACAUACACUUCCUGUCUGCACAAGAGCUGGGGAACGAGGAGCAGCAGGAGAAGCUGCUGCGUGAUUGGCUGGACUGCUGCGUGACGGACGGCGGGGUGCUGGUGGCCCUGCAGAAGAGCUGCCGCCGGAGGAACCACCCCCUGGUCACCCAGAUGGUGGAGAAGUGGCUGGACGGCUACCGGCAGAUCCGGCCCUGCCCCACGCUCUCCGACGGCGAGGAAGACGAGGACGACGACGAUGAGUGAAGGGGAAGGUAUCCACGAGUGUGUAUCCCCCCCCCCCAGCUGGACAAAACAGAGAUGCACAGUGGGGUGAAAAAAUGGUCAUCGUUCGCCAUCUUACAGAAGUACUCAGAAAGGAAACUGUACAAAAAUCCACGCAAACCUUUAAAUAAGAGGACAAACUUAAGACUGAGGGAACUAUGUUUCUGCAAAACAGAAUUUGAAAUUAAGGAUUCUGAUUUCACAGAAAUCACGGUUCAUCUUUAAAAUAAAAUCCCUCUCCCCUCCCCGUAUAUAAACCCUUAUCCAUUAAUAUAAUGCAUGCGGUUAUUAAAGAACUUGCAUAAUAGGAAAAUACCAGCAUCAGAAGGAACAUGGAAUCUUUGUAUUAGUUCAUUGUGGGCACUUAAAAAAAAGCACAUUUUUUUUCUCAAAUAACGUUCUUUAGAUUUUGGAAAUUGUUUUCCGUUUUAAGUUGACGAUUCAACUGACUCACUUUUUUUGGGGGGGUAAAAUCCAGCGUGGCAUCCCUGCAUAUCCCUGCUCUAGUCCACUGUCCCACGAGGAUAUUGUAUAGUAUGGACACUUAAUACUCGUACUGCACAUUUAUUAAAGAGGAUUUCUAUAAAUUAUACAACUUGCUGAAUCAAAAGGACAUUUAUGAAGUUAAGAGGAGGAAUACCCCAUUUCAGCAUAAAGAUCAUAUUAGAGAUCACCGUCGUUCGAUUCUUUCUUCUGCCCACCUUGGAAGUCCUUUUUAUUCUGAUUAUGAAUUCCAUGAGGAGGUACUCUUUUGGUCCUCUGUGUUUGGUCACCCCCAAUUUUAUGUUGGUUUAACUGUUAACCCAGAUCUUGAAAUUUAUGUUUCACACAAAAAAUAUAUAAUUCUUGCUGUGACGAAAACAAAUCUGUACAAGUUUACUUGCGUUUUGUGUGAUUGAGUACCUCAUUUUGAUGUUACAACUUUUGGUGCUUACUUUGGGCUGGGGGUGGGGCGGAGAGAAGAGUCGCCUGACACAUUCUCCAUUCAAAACAUUAAUUAACAUUAAAUUAUAAUCACUUCGUG